AUGUCACUAGCUGCUUCCUCGAGCUCGGCGUCCGUCGUCUUUGUCUGCUCAGCCGCGCUUCCGCCGCCGUUGGUUGCCGUUAACGUUCGCGUCUUCGUUCAGCCGUCAUCUUCGUUCGCGUUCUUCGCCGUUCAAGUUUUCUCGGCGUUCACCGUUCGCGUUCACUCGCCGUUCACCGUUCGCGUUCACGAUUUCAUCCAUGAAGUUGAUCCUGAUAUUAUAAUUGGAUAUAACAUCUGCAAAUUUGACCUGCCAUAUCUUAUUGAGAGAGCUCAAGCCUUGAAAAUAGCAGAAUUUCCUAUUCUGGGCCGUAUCAGGAACAGUAGGGUCCGAGUAAAGGAUACAACUUUUUCAUCUAGACAGUAUGGAACCAGAGAAAGUAAAAAAGUUGCUGUAGAAGGGAGAGUUCAGUUUGAUCUGCUCCAGGUCAGCUUCACCGGUUCGAUGGAGGUAGGCCGUGAAAUAAUGCAUGCUGCAGCUAGCAGCAACUUGAAACAAGUUUCACUUGAAUUAGUAGGAAAGUCACCUCUUCUAAUCUUUGAUGAUGCUGAUGUAGAUAAAGCUGCUAGCCUUGCUCUAUUGGGCAUAGUAUAUAACAAGGGUGAGAUAUGUGUUGAAAGUUCAGUGUGUUUGUUCAGGAAGGGAAUGUGCUGAAUAAUUAUAUUAAAAGAUGGAUUUAGGCAUUCUUUUCUUCCUCUUUCACACCCUGCAGGUUUUGACAGCUACUAAAAUUAGAUAUUGGAGGUUUUGUUCAAUUAGAUGCUAGGUUUUGACAAGUCCCCAUGAGAUGUAAUGGCAAAAGAGAA